AUGAGCUGGGCAGACAGGUGUCCCAGGCCGGAGGAGCCGGGCAGACGGGGGCCCCAGGGCAGACGAGGGCCCCAGGGCAGAUGAGCUGGACAGACGGGGACGGGGGCCCCAGGGCAGAUGAGCCGGGCAGACAGGGGUCCCAGGUCGGAGGAGCCGGGCAGACGGGGGCCCCAGGGCCAAGGAGCCGGGCAGACGGAG